AUGGUUCAGCAAGACAUUGUAGAGACUACAGUGAUAAAAAAACAAGAAAUCGAUUCUUGGCAAGAACGGUUUCUGUACUUAAAACACAGCGAGUACCAUACGUCGACGGGAAUCGCAGCGAUUUUAACGAGUCCCACAUCGUUGCAGUUCGAGUCUGUAGCGGAAAAAACGGUGCAUGCUUCGCAGUAUGGGCUUCCACAGCAUAAACUGGUGCUGCUGUGUCACGGCCAUUCAGCACAUAAAAAUACGGUUUACAUGCCAAUGCUGGCUCAGAAACUAGCAGAUCUGGGGUACUACGUGCUACGCAUGGAUUUCCGAAGCAUGGGCGAGUCGGAACCCAACAGAGAUGAUCAUGUUGGACGCACGAUAGCCCAGGACUGCGAAGACAUCGAAACGGUGUACCAAUGGGUCCAAACUCGGCAGUGUGGAAAGCUGGUGGGCCACCAGCUCUUGCUUGACACAAUCGUGGCUCAUUCCCGCGGCGUGAUGUCCAUGUUCGAGUUUGCACGGUCGCGGUUCGUGCCAAACUUGGUCAACGCCUGCGGGCGGUUUGUGUCGCACGGUUUAUUCGAGAAAUCUCUCAAGCGAAACCCUAACUGGGACCGUGACGGUGGUUUCAAGUGCACAAUUCUCCGCUACGGAAAAUUGCAAGAGGUUUGGAUCCCCAAAGCGGAAACCAUGAGCGCUGCAACGGUAGAUACCGCCAGGUUUGCAGAAAUUGAUGCCCGGACCUCUGUGAUGUCAAUCUACGGGUCCAAUGACUCAGUCAUCCCACUCACUGCUCUGGCUCAGUAUUCCAACUUGUUCGAAGGUCGUCACACUGCAGAACUAGUUAUGUACGCAGACCAUAAUUUCUACGGUCUUCCAGAAGACCCCAACGUUGACCAGUUGCCUCUACGUAAAGGCCUUGUCAACUACAAUGUCAACGCCGUUGACCGUAUUGCAUCUUUCCUUACACCUGAGCAACAAUUGCAAAGGUUCUACAAAACCACGUUUUCGAUCCAGGAUUCUCUGAAUCCCUCGAGAACGUUUGCCCGUUGGUGCUUGCCCUACGAGUUUUCCCAUAUUUCGAAUUUCCGAGAUAUGGGGGGCUACAAGACUCGCAAUGGACAGCGAGUCAAACCACGGGUUCUUUUCAGAUCUGCCAAUCCUGUAGAUGUCUCGACAGAAGGUCUUCGCUAUCUCACUGACAAUUUGAAGGUUUCACGGGUAUUUGAUCUACGUCUGGCAAAGGAAAUCGAGGAAAAUGGUGUCAUUGCUGGUGUCAAGGUUGUGAAUCUUCCUUUCAACGAUCAAGAGGUCGCAGACCCUGAAGACAUGUCCUUAGCGUACAGAGGGAUGUUUUUAUCCCCGUUUACUUUCCCACAAGCCUACUUAGUGAUGCUUAAAAACAGCACAGCAGCAGUGGCCCAGUUCUUUCGCUACAUCGUGGAAGGUAGGUGUGAAUGUUCCAACGCAGCGCUUAUCCAUUGUGCAGGCGGAAAGGAUCGCACCGGUAUUCUGACGAUGCUAGUAUUAGGGCUUCUGGGUGUCGAUGAUGACACUAUUGCCAGAGAUUACGAGCUUACGACCAUUGGUCUGCAGACUGAAAUGAAAUUGUACAAGGCACUUCAAGAACGUGGUGAUGCGUAUUACAAGCUUUUGGACUCCGAAAAAUUGGCAAAGCAAUACAACGCAACACCAGAGUCGAUGUUCAGCAAUCUGAUCUCGUCAAAAUAUGAGUCGAUGCGACUAUUCUUGGAUGCGUUUAGGGCGAGGUACGAAUCUUUUGAAAAUUACUUCCGCACGACAGUUAGAUUAUCGACGCAAGACAUACAAGAUUUCAAGAGUGCGCUGCUGGAAUAA